GUUUCGCCGUUUUGUUGGUCAAUGCGAGUUCAGUUCCCGCGAGAAAAUGUCGAGCUUAGGCUGAAUGAAACAUAUCAAACGAAGACGUGUUUUAGCUAUCUUUAGCUUUCGGAGUUAAACCGAAAGUCUGUAUAACUUCUAACUCAAAUUUAAUAGAUAGAUAGAUAACGUUAUAAAGACAUGGACAGCCAAUGUGUUUCCAUCCUGCCCCGUGUCUGUGGAGUUCUGUUGGUGUCAGGAAGCUCUCUCCCCGAUGACACCAGUCUCGAGAAAUUACUGGACUGGUUUACAACCAUCGCACAGACCGGGGCAUCUCUGUUGGAGGCAUGUCCAUGUCUGGUUGAUUUCGUCUCCAAGGUGGCCUUUAACUACGCCUCAGGCUCCAGCAUCCUUUCUUUCACUCUGAAGCUCACUGGCUUGAUCGGUGCUUCUGAAGAUGGCUUUAAAGUUCUGAAGGUACGACUAAAGAAUUUGAACAGCCCCCGACCUGGUAUCCCUUUCUUUCAUCCCUCCAUUACUCACUCUAAUGUGCAGGAGUGCUCUGUAUUGAAACUGGUCUUUAAUCCUCAUCACUGGCAAGAGGCAGGACUUUGGGAGGAUCCGUGUCUGCGGAUUGGCUGGAUCCAGGGUCUAAAGAUGAUUCUGCAGCACUCAGAAGCUCUCUGUUUUUUUGCGCAAGCAGAUCUUAUUGAACCACUCCUUCAACUUCAGACAGACUCAAGCCUUUUUGUUGCUUCAGCUGCCAAUCAGACACUCGCUCAGGUCCUGCUUCUCUGUCAGUCUCUAACCUCUGUGGGUCAUAAUGGUUCAAAAAAUAAAGACUUAGAACACAACAGUGUGAGUGUGGAAACCACCCAGAAUUACAGUGGUAUCAUCACCAAGGUCUCUGAAUAUCUGAACAAAUCAGUGGUUCUGAAGGAAAUUUCACAGCUUUCUGGAAGCCAGCAGAUCCUCAGGCUACUGGCCAUGCUCCUGGUCCGAGUCGGGCCUCCUCUGAGGGACACACUGCUGCUGGCUGUCAUGAACUCUUUGGAGGAACUAGUGAUAACAAGCUGCAGUCAGCUCACAGUUCCUCUCAUGGACGUCAUCCUGGCUGCAAACAGUGGUCUCAGGGACGAUUCUGUCUCAAAGCAGCGACUCAUCCAACUUUUGUGGUUUAUGUUGAACAUGAAGAAGCCUGCCAAUGUUAUGCAGGCUGCAGCUGCUGUGCUACACAGCCACCAAAGUGAUCCCGCCCUCUCUGCCCACUCUGCUCGAGUCCUGCUGCUACCCCUGGACAUCGUUACUGGUGUCUCCUUACUGGAUGAGAACUCCACAGAAGAGCUUCGAAUUUUAAUAACUGAGCAGCUUAAGAGGAAAAGCUGCAUCUCCAUAAUUUGUGUAUGUCUAUCAAACAUACCUCAGAUCACACUAAUGGCUUCAGACCGCCUCCCCUGUCCUCAGAGGCAAAUUGUUACUGCAGUUUUGAUGUUACUGAGGCUGUGCUGCGUGGACUCCUCAUCUUCAUCUGCUGGCUGUGUUGAAGUUGUCAGAUUUAUUACAGGAAACAGCAAAGUUCAGAAAUGUGCCCUGGAGGCUCUGUUAGUGCUCAGCAAGAGUGCAGGAGUGAAGAUGGUUCUGGUUGACGUCUUCAAAGUUCUGACUGCAUAUUUAAAUAGUCCUUCAUCUGACCCAUCUGUGCUCCAGAAGUCCUACCAGGCUGUGAUAAAGUGGGUGGGUGUUUGUCCAGAUCUGUCCUGCAUCACAGACCAGCUCAGAGAAGGUUUCAUCCAGGCAGUGAGAAAGCGUGCUUGUGACAUGCGCUGGGAGGCCAGAGACUCCACGGUGGAGUUUCUGGGUCACUUGGGGCAGGCGCCCUCAUGCCGGUCGUUCACUGAACAGGAGACGGAACCAUCAGAUGUUCUCCUGGGUGGCCGCAGCUUUACGGUUCCUCUCCUCAAGAAGGCGCUGCAGGAUCCAGAGAGCUAUGUGAGAGCCAGCUCCAUCUCUGCUCUGGCGCAGACACUGACACCCAGCUGGCAGGAGGGGACAGCAUUAACACAGGAGCAGGAGGACAUAGUAACCCAGGUGCAGGAAAUUCUCUUCCAGGACUCAGAGGGAUUUGCCAGGAGAGCUGCUGUGAAGUUUUUUAUUGCCUGGCUCUCUGCUUGUUCCUCGCCUUCCUCCUGCUGGCUCCUCAUGCAGUCUGUGCCGACCGUCCUCUCUCAGGGUGUCGCUGAUCUGGACUGGGAGGUCAAACUUCACACCCUGGAGUUGGCAGAGCUGCUCCUGGACCAAGCCUUUCCGGAUCCUUCUCCAUCUCAUCCCUAUGCUGUGAUCUCUGACCAAGCCCACAGACCUCCCAUUGCAGGUCAGCAGUCAGACCUGCUCAGCAGCUUAAAGGAUUUGGUCAAUUGGGGAGUGGUCUCAGCUCUGUUGUGUGGUGUGGUUGACUGUGACAGACCUGUUGCUCUGAAGGCCUGCCAGCUGCUGCUAAAGCUCCAAGGCGUUGUUUGUCCUGUGAUGGGUAACGCAGCAGACACCAGAGUUUUCUGUCAACUGGCUGGAGCCAGUGUGAUGCAGCAGGUCAGAAAGAUCCAGGCAAUGGGGAAGGACACCUAUGUUGUUUCUGAAGCUAGCAGUGAGGCAGACAAGGAAGGCAUAUAUGCCAGUGCUGACCCAGAGUGUGUUGAUGUGUGUGAGGUGUUGAGGCUCCUGGAUUUAGAUGAGAAGCUGAGCAUCUUGACCCAAAGCAGUGACCACAUCUACAAUUCUCCCCUCUCUCUGCUCCAGGACAUCCUGACAGCUGCUGCUGCUAGCUCUCAGCCUGGCUGGGACCCGCGGCAGGAGCUCAUAAUGGAUUGUUACUAACAGCCAGACACACAGAAACAAACCACCAUCAACCAGUACAAUCACAUAGGUCAUACAUGCUGAUUUAAAGCUGCAGCAUAUAACUUUUAUAAAAAAAUAUUUUUUUUUACAUAUUUGUUGAAACUGUCACUAUUUGGUGACAGUAUGUUAUGAAACAAUAUAUCACAUAACAUACUAUUAUGUUAUGAUAUAUAACAUCUGUGAUUCACUAGAUCUGCUCUGCCAUCUCAACACUAACUAGAAACAACCAAUCAGGCGGGUCUUAGAGCUGUCAAUCACCCUCCUUGUGGUGCCACUCAUUGCCUUGAUCCCUCCAACCCCCUUUCUGCCCACUGUGCUGCAGCUAACAGAGCCUGUAGUGAAUGCUAAGGCUAGUUAGCAGGGCUACCAAUGACGGUAGAUAAACACUUUUUCUGCAACGGUGAGUUGUUUCUCUGCCGUUAGCACAUUUAGCAGCAAGUACAUUUGGAUGAGUGACAGUGCUAAGACCCUCCUCCUGGCUCUGAUUUUUCUGUUUUUAGUCAGGAGCGGUGCAUUACUAAAGAUUGCAAUAGGAGCUCAGGGAGGGGGUGGAGGUCAAUCUUUUCACAGAAAAAAAUAUGUAAAGUAUUAUUUUUUUAAAGUUACAUACUGCAGCUUUAAACAGACAAAUUUUAGUUUUAGAUCUUUUAUUGACAGGAUUACCUGUGAUGUGUCUCAUUACCUCCUCAAAAUACAACUUGCCUAAUAUUUUGUAGAUUUUCCUAUGGUUUAAAUAUAAUGGACAGAGGCAGGAGUGUAGCAUCUUGAGACCUUUCUGGGUUUGGAUUCAUGUGUGAUGGAGCACAACUUUCAGCUAUGACCAGACUUCCACGCUCUUGUAAUGCCUUUUAAUGCCAAGAUCAAUCUUUGUGUACAAACACAGACAAAUACGUUAGCAAUCCUGGUAGAUAUCUGUAAAAAGCCUAAUAAACGUAUGAAAUAAAA